UAUUUUAUAUAAUAUUACAAGUAAAAGUAAUAUUACAAAAAAUAGUAAUAUAAUUCUUAUAUUACUAAAAACUGUAAUUUUGUUAUAUUACUGAAAUGUGUAAUAUAGUCUCUAUAUUACAUAAAACAGUAAUAUUACUAGAAAAUGCCUAUAUUACAUAGAACUGUAACAUAAGGCUUAAAGUCACUAAUGCUGCCUUUAACUCGAGGCUGGAGACAGCAUGACGUAGUUUUAGUAUCAUAUUACAUGGUAAAUAAAAGAUGGAUCAAAAUCAGUUUCAUCACUUCUGCAAAAUCAGAUGGAGACGCCAGAGCAACCAAAUAUGGAGUUGGAAAACACUUCCAGUACUGAGGAAACCAAUGAAACCUGCAACACCACAUCAACACCUAAGCUGUUGCCAGGAAAAAAUAAACAGUACAGGACUCCAGAUGAAGCAUUUAAUGCUGUUAGGUCUAAUGAGAGGAGGAUUAAAUCCAUGGCUAUCAAGCAGAUAGUUAAAAACAUAAAAAAAUUAGCUGAUCUGCAAACAAUAGAUCUCUCCCUUAUAUUUUGUGUAAGGGAUGAGGUGCAGAAGAGGCAACUCAUAAAAUAUUGUGGCCAUGGAGAAUUUCUCCAAAGACUUAAAAAUGUUGAGCCUGUGCUGAAACAGGAGGAAUUCGUCAAAUCAACAAGUUAUGAGGAAUUCCUUCCAAAAGUACAGGCUCAAGCUGUAAAGUAUUCGACACCAUCCAAAUUGUCAUGUGGGCCUGGUGUGUCAAAAAACUUGGCACACCAACAGAAACAACAACUGGAAGAAACGGAAGUCAUUCCAGUUGAACACGAAAAGUCAAUUACAUUAGAAAUAAAUUCUCCUAAACAAAAGCAAAAGAAAAAGAAAAGCCAACCUGCAAAAAGAAAACUGAUAAAUGAAUCCGAAGAGAGGGAUGACAGUGAGGAGGAGGAUGAAAUUGGGGAACCAAUUAGACUAAUUAAUAAGACCAAUGAACCUGAGCUUAUAGAACACAUAGAGCCUUCCAUGUCUAAGCAGAAAAGAAAGAAAGGCAAAACGCAUCAGAAAAUACAGGCUGCAAAACCCAAAUUGAUCUAUGAUUCAAAAGAAACAAAUGAAACAGAGAAGGAUGUCACUGAGGAAGUGAAUACUGAUGUUAUUGAACCUGUGCUGUCUGAACCUAUAGAGCAGAUAGCCAUUAACAAUCAAGACCAGCAAGGUGCUACAGAAAGAGAUGACCAAGAUAUGCCAAUCAUUAAAGCCCCAGCAAAAAGGAAACGAAGAAAUAAUAAAAAAAUAGAUCAAAGAACUCUUUCCAAUGACCAUAUAGACCAGGAUGUAUCACAAGACGUCCAAAAUGAUUCAAAUUCCCAAUCAGAUCACGAUGUAACUGCAGAGAAAGAUACAGAAAAAACAUGGGAGAUAAACUCUUAUUAUGCAGUUGCAUUUGAGGAUCGAUGGUAUCCUGGAGUGGUGACUGCCAUCCAAGGAGACAAUAAGGACUGGGCAUCCAUAAAAUAUAUGCACCCUAGUGGUGAAAAUUUUAAAUGGCCCGGCAAAGAAGACUCUGCAUUAGCACAUAUAAAUGCCAUGCUCUGCAGGGUCAAUGUUAAUAUCUUGGCAAAUGGUCGUUUAUGGACAGUGUCCAAUAUUGGCAAAAUUGAUAAUUUAUACAAAAGUCAAUCAGAACUACAAAUUGUUGAAAUUGAUUAUCAAUAGACUAUGUUGUUACUGUUUAUAACAUGCAUCAAAUUCUAUUAAAAGAUCAUUUCAAAGUGAAUUGUCCUUUAUAUAUCAAAGAAAAAAAAUAUUUGUUAAAGUAUUAAAUCAGGGUGUUUUUGCUAGAUUGAAAGAAUUACCCAAGAAGACAAAAAAUUUGGCUGUUCCUCACCUGAAACACCUAAAAUUCAAUCAAAGCUUUUGGCUAUUCAUUAUAUCAUAUUAAAUCAAAAAUAAAAACACAUGUUAUCUUUUCCAUAUUUUCCUUUGUAUAAAUUAUCAAUUUUGCCAAUAUUUGCCAUAGUCAACAACAAAACAGCCUUAUAAAAUAGGAUGUAUAAUGCCAUAAAGAGAUGGAAGAUGAAUUUCAUUUUUUCAUAACAUGUACAGAACUUAUUUAUAUAUAUACCUAUUCUUCUUGUGAAGAAUGUAAUAUAUUUAUUAAUUAAUUAUAUUGUUAACAGCAUAAGUGAAAUGUAUAAUGUAAUAAUUGUAAACUGUGUGCAAAU